GUGAUCCUAAAAGGUCCCCAUCAACAGGCAUGACAACAGAAGAGAAAACUGCCCGGGAAAUAAAAAAUUGAUAAUAUUAACGUGAUUUCAUAAACGCUAGCUCUAACUGUGAAAAGGUUUAGCUCUGUGUCUGUAAUCUCAGCGGCGCCAUGUUUAUCUCUUCACUAAACUCACCGCCCUGCUUCAAAGAUUUCACCCUCGUCAUGCCAGCAGUGGCUGUUGGUAAUGUGGGUCAGCUGGCUGUGGACCUCAUUGUGUCCACUCUCAACAUGAAGAGAGUGGGCUUCAUUCACACAGACUGUCUCAUCCCCAUGGCUGGGAACAACCCGUAUGCCACCUGCAGAGAAGACGCCGAGGAGCUGCACACACCUGCAGAAGUUUACACAGCAGCAGACCUGAAGUUGUCAGUUCUUCAAAUCAGGGCACCAAUUAUUCAGAAAAAAUCCAAAAAGUUCAGACAGCUCGUGGUGUCUUGGAUUAAAUCCAGUGGGUUCUCCAGGACUGUCGUGCUGUCCAGCAGCCACGCCUACCAUAGGGACGAUCAGCAGCUGCAAGGCACUCCUCUGAGGUACCUGGUCACUCCGUCGCUGCUGAAGCUCAGUGCAGACGCUUUUAAAGAGCUUGGCUGGAGAGAGAUGGAGCGAGUGCAGGCCUUCCCAGGACUGACAGAUGCCAACACAGAACCACGCCUCUACAUCCCUGGAGGAGGAAUAACCAAAGGACUCUACACAGACAGCUGCACAGAGGAUCUCCCACUGGCAGUGCUGCUGCUCUUUUGUUCAGAGGGUGACAACAUCCCAGACGCCUUCACACUCAUCAACCACCUGAACGACUGGCUCCAUCUGCUGGACAACCCUAGCAAAGAGCCCAACAAAUGGAAGAUACCAACUUCCUGGAGUCUCCUGUUUGGCAGCGGCAUCCCUCCGGCGCUGUUCUGAUACACGCAUACCCGUAUUUAGUUUUUGCUAUUUUUAGCUCAGCUUCUGGGAUAUUCUGUAAGCUCCAAAAACUCACAGAUGUUUACUUUGACAUCUGUGUGGUCCAGCUGUUAUACCUUUGUGUUUUACAGAGAAUCGUGAGAAUAUUUAUCAGUGGCAGUCUAGUGAAAAGAUGAUUCUUGUGCCAUAUGCUCAUAAAUCCAGGAACAAAGUCUUGAGGAAUUUACACAUUUUUAUUCUUAAAGUAUUUUGUUGAAUUUGCCUGGUCUUGACAUAAAACAUGGGUAUAAACUGACCCAAAAAGGCCCCCCUUGCUUAUGACAUUCCUCAGAAGUUUACUGGUAAUCAUAAAAUGUGAAAACAUGAUAUCACGUGCAAGAAUUGACCCAAGCAUGCACUUCUGAAAUACUGUAUCCCAGUAUGGCAAUAUGUCAGUGUUUUUUAAAAAUAAUUUACCAAUAAAAAAUGCUAUAAAAUUCA